ACGUGAUACGGCCGACGAAUGGGGGAAAAUCGACUGGAAGAUUCGAGAAACCAGCAGGAAGACACCACCAACAGUUAGGUUACAUUCAGACAACGUGCUCACCGAAUCGCCGGUCGAUAUCUCUGGAAUAAUUAAUCUAUUAAUUAACUAAUUAAAAUGGCAGCCGCAGUUGCGAAAAGAGUCAUUCCAUUGUUGGAUAGGGUGUUGAUCCAGAGAGCGGAGGCUGUUACUAAAACCAAAGGGGGAAUUAUUAUUCCUGAAAAAGCACAGGCUAAAGUACUGAGGGGAACGGUCGUUGCCAUUGGGCCUGGCUCCAGGAACGAGAGUGGACAGCACGUGCCUCUGAGCGUAAAGGUCGGAGACACUGUCCUUCUCCCAGAAUACGGUGGCACCAAGGUCAACCUCGAGGAUGACGAGAAGGAAUUCCAUCUUUUCCGUGAAUCGGACAUCCUCGCGAAGCUCGAGGCUUAAUAUAACGAUAGGAUUCCAAGUGUUCAAACACAAGACAAUUUUCAAUUUUGAUUGAGCCCCAGAAAUUGCCAGUUUCUCUCAAUGAUUUUGAGAUCACAAAAAUGACGAGGGUUAAGUUCUAAAAAUGGGAAAAGCCACAUUUCGUUCUUCGUUUCUAAGUCUGUUACAUUUUAGAAUAGAAUACCAUUGUUUCAUACAUAUUUCUAAAGAAUAAAAAGUUUAUUCCGUAAUGAA